CAAAUAAUUGAGAAAAUCGAAGAGAAGUGCAAGCAGAGACAGCGACAGCGACAGAGACCAAACCUAAACGCGCGUGAGAGGACGAACUUCUGAUUUUCGGUGAUAUGGUGUAAAUGUGAUAAAAACAAAAACAACGUUAUAAAAAACUAAAAAACAAAUCAACAAAGAAUCAAGUUUUAAAUUCAAUUAAAACUAAAACAAAAACUAAAAUUAUCCUAAAGGAAAUACGACAAGUAGUGUUUUUAUUUAUUUUUCUCAAACAACACUUUUUGCUACGAAACUCCAAAGAACAAUAACUAUUUAUCUACCUAAUCGCAAAGCCUUGUCUCUUAACAAAAACUUACGGAAGAGAGAAAACCUAAACUAAGUCGCACAAAAUUAUCUAAAAGCAAUUCUGAAAACUGAAGACUUUUUCGCAGUUCCGAAGUUUCUUCGUUUCUACUCUACAUUUUGUAUGCAACAUAAAUAUUCUAUCAACUUCACUGCCGCAAAAUCUUUUCGACAAAUAUGAUUUUAUUCGUAUAAUUAAACAAAAUACUCGUACAAAAAGUAAGAACAGAAACCAUAGAAGAACUAUGCAUUAAUUCUUAUGAGAAAAGACAAAAACUAACCAAUCAAACGGACGAGAGAGAAAAAGCAGGAGGAGGCGGAGGAGGAGAACCUGGAAACCUACUGGUUUGGGAGCUACAUAAAAACACCGUAUAAGCAAAAUGCAAUAGUCUAAAACACUCAUUGAGUACACUUGACAUAAACUGUGAUUAUGAGUUCCACAAAAUCUCAAGUAGCCCUAGCUACGAAUAUUCCAACCAAUAUAUCCUCUGCCGCUUCUGCCUCAUCAUCAGUGGCCGCUGCGGCCGCCGUUGUAGUUGUUGCCAGUGCCUCAAACAGCGCUGCCGCCGUUGCCUCGAGUACACCCCAAACAGGAAUAGCAGUUGCAGGAGGAGGAGGAGGAGGUGGACUAGCUGGAACAAUCACAGGAUCGGCGUCGGGUUCGGGAGCAGGAUCUGUAUCUGGGUCGGGUGCUUCAUCCACAGCAACGGCAGCCAUCACCUCAUCGUCGUCGGUUGUGGCCACAGGCGCAACGGCAACAGCAAGUGCAACAAACAACAACAACAACUGUGAAGAUUCUCAAAGCGGAAACGGAAACGGGAACGGCGGUGCUGCCAACUUGGGAAGACAAAAUAGUUUUGGCAAUCGACGUGGUAACAUGAAGGGCAAACAUCUCACACGCAGUCAUGCCAUGCGUGAGUCCACAUCGCCACCACGCACGCCAACGCCGCGAGCUGCCUCCGAGCCGCAACAGCAGCAGCAGCAGUUCCAGGGUGAACCCCACGAGCACAACAAUAAUAACACCAACAGCAAAGCACAAUCAUCCGGAAUACGGGGUAAUUCCCCGCUGAUGGAGACACCUGCCGUGAUUGUCACUAGUCAGCAACAACAGCAACAACAGCCACAGCAGCAACAGCCACUACAGCAACACCAGACGCCGCCAAAGCCACCACAGAACAUGCCGCUCAGCAAUGAGGCAGAGUUCCCCAAGUUGUCGCCACCCAAGAAAUCCGGAGGAGGAGGCGGCGGACAGCACAAUCGCACCAACAGCAAUGGCAGCGGCAUGGAGUACAACAACAAUAACAAUAAUAACAAGAAGUUCGUUGUGGAUAUGAAGUCCAAUGGUCUGGACAACAACAAGCAUCACAGCAGCAACAGCAACAACAACUCUGGCGGGAAUGUCAUCUACAAUUCGGGAAUGAACUACAAGGCAGCGGAUAGGCACGAGCGCCACGAACGCCAUGAGAUGUCCAGCCAGAAUAGCAAUCUCAGCAAUAACCAUGACGAGGAGAGCUAUCACUACGAGGGGCCCAGAGGCGGUGGCAAGAAGCAUCGCGCCAAUGCCAAUUCAAAGGGGAAUAAGCCACGCUUGAAGAACAUUGGCGGCAGCUCAUCCGGCAGCAUUGACGGGGGAGGAGGAGAACGCGAGCGUGGAUUCGGUGGCGGUGCUAAUGGCGGCGGCGGAGGUGGCAUGCCCAACAAUUGCAAUUCAAACAAUUCGAGCAACAACACAUCGGGCUUCAUAUCGCGCGUCUUUCAUCAAUCAGAGAACUCGAGCGAGCACUACACCGACUUCGGCGGCACCGAUCUGCUGAUGUUCUUUCGCGAUACGCUCAAUAAGAACCCAAAGGAUCGCAAUAUACUCUUGAAAAUCGAGAAAGAUCUAAUCGAUUUCAUACAGGAUAAUGGACACGAUUGUGAGUUCCGUUUUCCACCAGCUUCCUCCUACAAUCGCAUGCUGAUUCAUCGCACGGCUGCGUUUUUUGGCAUGGAACAUAAUGUGGACACAGAGACACAGCAGUGCGUGAUUGUGGCUGCCACAAAGGGUACACGCAUACCAGAGAUCCGCUUCCAAUCGCUAGUACGCGAAGAUGUACGCAAGUCAAUUCUGAAGCGGGACACGCACAGCUUCGAUGAGGUGCGCCAGUCGCCGUAUCUCUGUCCCGAGCGUGUGAUGCUCGAUCGCAAGGCCAAGAGCUUUGAGGAGCGCGAGGAGGAUUAUGAUCGUGCGCGUAGUCGCAUCUUUAGCCGCACGGGCACACAGGACUAUGGCGAUGAGGAUUGCUAUGGCGGCUGGGAGCAACAACAACAGCAGCAGCAGCAGCAACAGAAGCAGCAGCAGCCACCGCGACCCAAGCGACCCAAUGGAAAGAUGCUGCAAAUGCAGAAUUCCACAGAGUCACGUGAUGGCAUGCGUUCGGGUGGCGCUGUGCCCAAGUCCCACAACUUUGGCAACUAUGGCGGACCGCCCAGUGCUGGUGGCCCUGGCAAUGGCGGUGGCAACUCUUUGCCGCGCGGCGACUCCAGCAACUCGAUCAAGAGCGGACGCGGUGGCUUUGCCAAACAGGACUCGACUGGCAGCAACAGCACAGCCUGGCGGCUGUCUCCUUCCAGCAGUGGCUACAAGACACGCACCCAGUCGGUGCGCUCCGAUUCCGUCACGCCCUCGCCCACCGGCUACGGCAGCGACCGGCAGACACCGGAGCUCAGUCAGCCCAUGCCGAAUCGCAUGGGCAUGGGAUUGGGAUUAGGAUUGGUAGGGGGUGGCGGUGGAGGCUCCUCUUCGUACCAACAGCAGGCAGCCGCAGCAGCAGCAUCCACAACGUCCACAGCAGCAGCCGCAGCAGCAGCAGCAGCAUCGUCUUCGUCCUCAUCCUCGUCGGCGUCAACGGCGUCCAAUUGCUCAGGGACAUCAUCGGGACUGGUGUGGGCCGUCACAGACAUUUCGAAUGUGCCAAUUGGCAGCCUCCUCAUUGAUCCGCAAACCCUCCAACCAAUUGUCAAUGCAGACGGUUCCAUCUACCACUACGACCCGUCCAAUUUGCCGCCCAAUCAGGCGCUCCAACAUGCGGGCAACCAGUAUCAGUCCGGGAACAACAACUCCGGCAGCUACUCCAACUAUCGCCGUGCAUCGCCACACCAGCCGCAGCAGCAGCAGCAACAUCACCAGCAGCCACCACAGCAGCAGCAACAGUCGCAACAGCAGCAGCAACAGCCACCUCCACAGCAGCAGCAGCAGGUGUAUGCCACCAAUGAGCUGUCCUGCAGCUCCACCGAGAGCUAUGCCGAGGAGGUGCAGUCACCGGGCAUGGACUGCUCGGAGGGUUAUGAAUCUGGUUACAUGGUUAGCGAACAGCAGCCGCUGCCACAGCAGCAACAACUGCCAGUGCAGCCGCUUCCACAACAGACGCUGGUGCCACAACAGCCGCCGCCGCUUGCACAGCAGCAACAGCCGACGAUGCCACAGCAACUGCCACAACAGCAGAUCCAACUGUUGCCGCCACAGCAGCUUCCACAGCAACAGCAACUGCCCAGCAAUGAAGUCGUCAGCGCUAAGCCGAGCGACGAUUGUGAUAGCAGCCUGGCCAGUGCCACGGCCUGCCUGAGCAUUACGACGUCGACGUCCACCAAGAACUACGAUCGCAUCGAGGUGCAAAAGUACAAGAAUCAGGCUACAAGUCCGAACAUACCGGCCUGCUGUGCCGCUGUCGAGAAGGAAAUGGAGGCAGCUGCCAUCGAGGAGGAGGAGCCGGACGAACCGCUGCCAGCACCCUCCACCUCUGCCUCAUCCACAUCGUCCUCGGGCACAGGCACUGCCGAGAUGCCGCCCAGCAGCAGUCAGACACCGCUGCCAGUGGUCGUUGCCACGCAGAUGAACUGCGAUGUCCAGUCUGUGUCGCCCAGCUCGACGCCCUACAGCCAGUGCGAGGUGAAGCCAGUCAGUCAUCUGCAGGGCAUCAGCCAGGGUGUGCCCGUCGAGGAGCCAAAGACCACCUGGACGUACACGCAGAGCUACCAGGCGCCCGAUGGAUCCACCGUCUUUCACACCACAACCACACCGAAUGGAGCGGCUCCAUACUGCGCCACCACAUAUCAGCAGGGGCCCGAUGGCAGCAUCUAUGCGGUGCCCCAGGGUAUGGUUUAUGCCGCCUAUCCGCAAGCGGGCGUGACCAGCGCCGGUGCCGGCUCCCAGCCGCUCUUCCAACUCACGACGAGCACCCAUCCGCCCGGACAGACGCUGUUCGCCUCGCCGGAGGCCGGCGGUGAGCUGUCCGGCGGCACCUACAUGAUACCUGUCUUCGAUCCGGCCCAGCAGCAGCGCGAGGGUCUCAUCCAGGCGCAGGCCAUCUACCAGGCGGGGCCGGGCGGACCGGCCACCGCAGUGAUGCCAAUGCCCGCCGCAGCGGCCUACCCAGGUGCACAGUUUGCAGCCGCAGGGCCCAACGGUGCACCCAUCUACCAGGCACCGCUGAUCUACUCCAGCGAACCGGGCGGCCCGCAGCUGCAGCAGCUGCCGAUGGCCUCGUAUCCGAUCCAAUACUCCUACCCGUACUACCACCCGAUCCCGUACUACGUGCCGCAGCAGGCGGUGGCUGCCGCGCCAAUGGUGGCCACUGCCCAGCCCCAGGGCGGACAGGGAGCACACACACAGGCACUGCCGGGCCAGAGUCAGCCGGGGCAUGCGACUGCCUCAGCGGCUGGACCGCCCACGGUGUCCGCAGCCCAGCAGCAUCACCAUCACCAGCAGCAGCAGCAGAUCGGCAACGGGGGACAGGUGGUGACCACAUCCGGCUACAUGACUGGAGGCGGAGGCGGUGGCGGUGGAGGAUCACGUGUGAAGCGCACGCCCGGCGGCGGAUCCAUUCACUACAAUCCCAGCUACCCGCAGACAUCGGUGGGCCAUGCCACGGCGGCCCAUCAUCCGGGUCCGGGUGCCACACAGCUGAUUGCUGCUCCCUCUGGCGGCACUACCACAUAUCAUGCGCUCCCAACACUGACGCUGGCCCAUGGCGGUGCGGCGAACAGUCAAGAUCUCAGUGCCGCUGCCGCAGCGGCCGCGGCUGGUGCCCAUUGCUAUAUUCUGCCAGCGCAGCAUGCCACGGCCCCGAUCCCAACGAACAUCUUCCCCUAUGCGGCGGCAGCAGCAGCCGUUGGCCAGGCGGGAUCUCAGCCCGGUGCACAGGUGGUGCAGCAGCAGCAGCAGCCACUGCAGCAGUCACAGGCGGCUCCGCAUCACACACUGAUCGCGGCGGCUCCCUUCUAUCCGGCGGGUGCGGGUUCCGUGGAUCCAGGAGCCUCGCAGUCCGCUCCGAGCACGCCCGCUGCCCCGGGACGCCAGGCGCCGUUGUUCAGCACUCCGCCAGCUCCGAAUAACAGCAGCACUGGCAGCAGCAGCGGCGGUGGAGGAGGAGGCGGUGGCUACCACAGCAACAGCUCCACGCCGCACUACUACCAGAGCAGCAACGAGGGCGGCUAUGUACCGUCCUACGAAAAGCGCAACAACAACAACGGCGGAUCGUCCGGACCACCGCGCAAGCCGUACCAUCCGGGCGGCUACAACCCCAGGCACUCGGUGCCACUGAGCGGCAUUCCGUCGGGCGCCAAGACGCCGCUGCUGAACUCCAACAACGAGCCCACGCCCCGUGCCUCGCCCAGCAUCAGUCUGGGCGGAGGUGGAGGUGGAGGCGGCGGCGGUGGACCGCUCUCCUCGUCAGCCCCGCCCUACCACCAUCGCGGACCGCCGCCACAUGUGAUGAACAAGCGCGAGGGCAAGCCCAAUCAGCUGCCGCUCAUCAGUGGACCACCGCCCAGCUAUGCCCCGCCCUCGAAUCCGGGCGGUGGCACCAGCUACGAGUCCAAGCCACCGGUGCGCCUCAACGCGGCAGCCGCCAGCUUCCGCAGCCAAAAGUCCAUGAACACGGACUAUCGGCGCAGCGUCUCGCAGCGGAAUUCGCCCAGCGCCAAUGGAGGAGGAGGAGCAGGUGGAGGAAAUGGAGGCGCCGGCGGUGGCAAUGGCAGCCACGAGAGCAGCAACAAUUCGCCAAACAGUAUUGUGAGCAACAGCAACAACAACAGUGCCGCCAACACACCGAACGCCGCUCCAGCCUCCGCACUGGUCAGCCACACCGGCGGCUAUGUCGUUGUCGAUCAGGCUACGGGCGCUGCCAUGAACGCCUCACCGCCCUCGAUCUACAUGAGUGGUGCUGGCUCGAAUGGCGGUGGCGGCGGCAACAAUGCUGGCGCCGGCGGACCACGCGCCUCGCACAUUCCAGCUCAGCUGCAUCACAGUGCCGCCGCCGCAGCAGCAGCCGGAGCAGCCGGGCAACAGACCACAGCGGCGGUGCUGAGUGCCGCCCUCGGCGGAUACAAUCCGAAUGGGGCAUCCGGCGUAUACUUCAAGUAUGGCCAAACGUACUUUGCGCAUCCAUCGGUGGCCUUGCCCAACAGCCGACGCUCGCCUUCGAACGAUAUCAGGCCGCAGAUGGCACAGAUGGCCGGCAUGUAUCCCACAAUGAUGAUACAAGCUCGUCAUCCCAGCCGUCAUCCGAAUCCCAACUACAAAGGUUCGCGUCCGCGGUAAAGCCAUCCACCGGAAGGGCGCCCAAACACCCAGAUACAAAAAAAUGCAGAUAAAGCGAAACAAAAAACUACAUAAACAUAACGGCAUACCUAAGAUAAAGAUAAAUAGCAACCUAAUCUAGUGGAACAUAAAAGUAGAUGACAAAAAGAAGAAAGAAAGAAAGAAGAAAUGAAAUGGAAAAGAAACAGAUUGAAAUCGAGCAGAGAGAGCAUAAGGCCAACGCCAGAGAUCUGUGGCAGAGCAGGAGAUCCCGGAACAGAGAGUGCGCGAGUUAGGAGUUAGUUGUGGGGGCAAACACGGAGUAUUGGUAGCAGCUGGAUCCAGCUGGGACAGGGACUUAUAACUGAAGCAAACCAAAACCACAAGCCACAACAUUACACCACAAUCUACACAGAAUCUUCCGCGGAAAGAAUUGGGGGAGUAAAUCCAUCAUAGCAUAAUAGCCUCUAUAUAGAUGUAUACAUAAGGAGUAUUGUACGAUAUAGCUACAAUAGCAAAGUCGCAAGCAAAGCCAGAUGAAAGGAUCAACCGAAAGAUAAGCCGAAAGAUGAGAAAGAGAAAUAUGAAUGCUGUAUAUUUUGUGCCAUUAUAAAAUAGUCUUUAAUAAACUACUAACGA